CAUUGAAAUGUUUAGACCCUAACCACAAAGGUAACAAAACACAGUUGAAAACCUCAACUAUAAACAGUUACUAAUCAUUGAGUUAAAAAGGUAAGGUCAAGGGUUUCCAAAAUAUUAUUUAAACUGUUCACACCUAAACCACUUGUAACUUUCUGUGUUGAAUGUUCUUCCUUACACCACAUCAGUUUUAUGGUCAUUGAUAACUAAACAGUAACAAACAGGGACCUCAAUAAGUACCAAACGGCCGAAGAAACGUGUCAGCUACUUUGCUCAGAGAAGUCGGUUACUUUUUUCGCAAAAGGAGAAGCAUCUAUUAUGUUUUGGUAAUGUCAUAAACAAAAAAUAUAUCUUAACAUCUCAAUGAAAAUUCAAUUAUGACGUGUUUUCUAAUUCACAAAGAACCACUGGAUUUAUGGUACGCUUUAGUUAGUUGGUUAUCACUUAUGUCAAUGCUGUAAUUCAGUCAAUUUUCCACACCUUAUUAUAUAGAUUUACCUUGAAUUUGCUCAUGUGCAAAUGUAUGUAUUUCUUGAAUGAAAAUACACUCUUUCGUCCAGCACGCCGGAAAUCACAUUUUAGGGCUUGGAAAAUUUUAACAUUUUCUGGAUGAACAUGCCCCCAGACCCGCCAGAAAAAGGGGACUAGUGGCCCUUUGUUGUUACUGUCGGUUGCUGUAAUCAAACCUGCUGGCUACUGCAGUUUUUAUUGAAACCCCUGAACAAAUCAGUCAAUUAGUUCCGAUAAAAACACUCCAGAAAAUGUUGUAAUAUUGACUAGAAAACUUGAAUGAAAAUCUUGUACCUCGUUGUCAGGUCCACUUAUUCCAGGCAAAUGUCCGCAAAGAAAUGACACUCAAAAAAAUCCUUAGCAAAAGAAGAGUCAUCACAUGCAAAAUAAAAUCUUCAAGAGAUGUUUUCACUUUCUCAGGAACUAGUUCCCAUGGAUACACAAGCCAGCUUUCAAAGCAGUCGACUGCAGAUUCAGGCUAUUCACAACAGUGUAGAAAAGCUGAAAGAAAUAGCCGACAGGAUGACUGCUAGAGUCCUAGGUUAGUUGUUUGCUGCGUUUUCUACGAUAAGGUGUAGAACUAUUAAUUUGUGAAAAUUUGAAAGCAAAGUAAUGACUUCAACAUUACAUACAUACAAGCUUUUUACCUACAUACUUUAUCGUUACCUUCCCAAAGAGGUUUUUUAGGAACAAUGAUUAUGUUACAUUAUUUAUAAUAACUAAUUACAACACUUAACCUAAUACUAAUAUUUUUAUUACAAUGUUAGCUAAUUACUAAUUACAAUGUUUUUAAACUUAACUAAGAAGUAUUUACAAAAUUAACUAAAAACUGGCUCCUUAAGGAAAAUUUAAGAAUUUUUACAGAAUUGGCUUCCUUUAAGAAAAGAUUCUAAAUUGUUCCAAAGAUAACAGUCCAACAUUGACCAAUUUGAUUUUUUGAAUUAUGUUUAGCAGCUUUAAAUAAGUAUAAAAUGAAUUUCAUAAACUCAGAUGAUUUGACUAGAGAAAGUUUGUUUACUGUUAUUUUUGCAAAUUGACAGCCUUUUCCUCUGACAUGCUUCAGUUUGCCAAGGAGCUUACGUAAGUAAUAAAAUAUUUGUCACAUGUAUUAAUUUUAUGAAUGUGAUAAGAGUGGCAAAUAACAAUGGAUGGAUAAUCAGACAAUAACUGAGUCAUAUUCGGUCUAGUCCCACAAAUUCCUAAUGCGGUCAGACAUGAUGACCAGUCAGAUCAUUAAAUUGCCAGUGAAUAUAGUCAACUCUCUCAAUGGAUGCCUCAAUAAGAUAGACACAUUGGUAGAACAGACACACCCUUUCUUUCUUUACUCCCCUUAUUUGACUCUUUAUAAGAUGGACUCUUAUUACUGGUUCCAGAGGUUUCCAUCUUAGAGUUGACCGUGCUUCAUGUAUUAUUUUUGAAACUGAUGAUACUUAGAAAUAAUUACAUUUAACUUAAACAUGACCAAAAACUCUUCUGGUGUGUGUGACAAAAAAUGGCAACUUAGUCAAAAAAUGUCCUCUCUGAAAGGAAAAAUUAUUUGCAGGCCUGAUACUUUUUUCUAAGGUUACUUUCCCCAAGCAACCUGUACUUCUUACUUCCUUAUGACUUUGAUUAAAUUGUUGGUGUAAGUGGAUUCAAUUUUCUGUCAAGCAAUGUUGUAUUUAAAGACAGUAAGUUUUGUAAACCAUUGUUAACCAGUAAGACACUUUCCUGACCCACCCAUCACCCUUUAAGAUAAGACUGGCACUAUCUAUCUUUGAGAGAUGCCCUUCCUUUAAAAAGUCAAUGAAAAUGUCUGAGCAACUGCAGGGAUCAACUCUGGAUGCCUGUUAGAGAUUAUUGACUGUAGUUUGAUGAUAUUUUGCGUUAUUGGUUGAGAAUCCUGAGUAUGAUAUAACAAAACUAUGCAUAUUGAGGAGUUUCCAGUCCACUAAGGCAUCUAGUAGAUAUCCUUCAAAUUGUCAAGUUUUUUUUUUGUUUGUUUCAUCUUGCUAAAUUUUUGAGACAGUAGCUACUUCAGCUAUUUUGCCUUCAUGGAAGGUGUGAAAACUGCCAAAAUUCUGAUGCAUGGUAAGAGUUUUUGUUUUGCUUAUUUUAACUUGUGGCUCUUUUAAUUCUCUUGUUUCCAUUGUUGUGGCGGUUGCUUGAGCUCGAAAGUCGCGUUACCACACAAACAAUUCUUAAAAGGUGACGAUUUUGCUGACAAAAACUGAUGAUUUGUUAUAAAAUGAGCGAUGAAAACAAUGUUGGCAGAUACCCACAGGCAGGCUCUUCAUUUGAGUCCCAUUAUUUUCAGGACCAUGAGCAAUGAGUCACACCCUACAACAGUAUGGGCAAGCGGUAAUGACAACACUUGGGGUACACUCAAGCACGGCUUCACUGGUAUCACAUCUUACUACUCCAAGCUUUCAGAGAAGGGAGGGAGUUGGGUAUGUGUCAAACAGGUUGAAUUAGAAUAGUAUCGAGUGUGAUAAUGUCAUGCAAAUUAAAAUGACUUGUAUUUGUAGGAUAUCAUCAUCUACAUUGUAAUGGUGGACCUCUGUAACCUUCUGCAAAGUAUCAUUCAUUCAUGUUUAACACACUGGACUCUUUCAAGUUUAAUCACGGUUGUGAGCAUGAUGUCAGUGAAAAGUGAAACACUCUCAAGCUGUGAACUAAAUACAUUUCUAAUGUUGUCUAAUACUAAUAAAAAUAAUUGCUUGUAUGUCACAAAAUAAUGACUUAAACGUUCCUUUACACCCAUGUCAAAUAAAGAACUAUUUUAUACUUAAUACUUCAUUUGGUGAGCUGGACAAAAUCCCAUAUGAGAUGUUUGAAGAACAGUAGAGGAUAAAAAGUGCUCAUUUUUUUAAAAUUAUAGUCAUGCAAUUCCUAUUCAUACAUGUAGGGGGAAUUUCUAGCCCUUAGGCUACUAAGCUCUAAAUAUACUCUUAAGUCCUGUCUUUUUCUGUUUUGCCCACAGUUUAAAAGAGAAGACUCUGGUGCAGUUGAAUAUUUAGCCCUUCUCUUAGACUUGACCUCCAGCUACAGGGUAAUCAUAAUGGCAGAAAUAUUAGUUAAAAGCUCUUUCUGAGUUCUUUACCUGUUUUCUUGUUUCAAAGUAAAAAAAUGUGCCAAUGAGGCCUUUAACUGUAGUUCAUAAAAAGUAAAAUGAAAUCCGAACAUUUGCCGAUAGGCAUCAUCAGGGAUCUGUUGAUCAGUGAAAGCUCAGAUGUCAUUUUUAAUUUUUAAGAACAGCAGUUUAAGGCCUCAUUAUUUAUAAUAAUUAUUUUAAUUUCAAAUGCACUGCUGAAGGAAGCCUGAAUUUCAUCUGAUUGCUUCGAGUCGUUUUCUCCUCUCAGCAGCAUCUGAAUCAACCAGCUGUUAAUGCCCUCCAGUGAUGUCACUACUACCCAAAAACCGGGUAGUGAUUGUGAGUGGUUGAUUGUCUAAAUAUUUGCAUAAUUAUGAGAGAUUUUGGCGGGAUUGUCAGUUGAUAUUCAGCGGAUCGCAGGGGUGGCAUGCUUGUGUGGAGUUCAGACAUUUAGAUAAUCUUUGUCGUAAACAGCAAAACUGCCCUUGUCUUCGAAGCUGAAUUGCCAAAUUGAACUGUGAAUGAAGAAUCGUUACAGAGAGUUGGUAGGUUUUUCAUUUAGAGCCGCUUUGUGGUUUCCACCUUGAUUUUGUUUAUGCAAAGUUUCUGAGACCAAUGUCGUGUUGUCAUUCAACAUUCUUGCUAUUUUCACCAUCAAGUGUAAUGAUUAUAUUCUGUUAGCUUUUCUUUCUUGUUUCCUUGUUUUCUGUUUUAUUCAUUAAGUACCAAAUGGCUUCUUUUCAAUUAAAGGAAAUUGUUGUGUUUUUGAACUAAGUGUUCCGUGUGUGUAUUUAUUUCAUUGUGUGAUUGUGACCGAGUUUGAAUUACAACGGGUUCAGAGUACUGCGAGCUUGAUAGUUUGAACGUUAAACAUGAAUUACAAUCGAAAAGAGUAAAGCCAUUCUGUCAGCUGUUCAGUAUCAUGUAGACAUUUCCAAAUGAUAUUUCUUGGUUUGCCACUUGAAAAUCGUGUUCUACUUUUUGUAUGAAUUAAAGCAAAGGAGUAGUGACGUCACUGGAUGGCAUUAAAGGCCAGUCAAUUCAGACGUUAAAGAGGAGGUAAUAGUGACUUGAAGUAAUCAGAUGAAAUUCAGGCUAGCUGAAGGAGAAUAUGAACAGAUUAUCUUGUUUGUCAUAUCAUGGUCAUUUUGGCGAAAUAUGAUUGUGAGACAAGUACUGCUUAAUAUCACAACAAGGUUUUAGAAAGUCAUUAAAUAUUUUUUUAUUUUUCGUGGCAUGUCUAUAAAGUAGCUAAUUAGCUAAGAAUAUUGACCACGUUAAAUAAAGGUUAUUGUAUUGCAUUGUUAAUGUGUUAAAGUGCAGAGCUUGAAAAAUUAUCUGGUGUGCAAUCUCAUUAUAGUAACGACAUCUGGAAUGGAACUUGGUGAUAAUAUUAUUUUCUUUUAACCGACAUUUUUAGGAGCUUUGUGAAAGACAUGAAAAAGGAGUGUUAAAAGACCAUCAAAACUCUCUUCAGAAAAUGCAGCAAAUUAAGAAACGUCAGAUUGCGGCUCAGGCAAAAGGGCAGGAGGACCAGGUUGAUCAGCUGGAAUCAAAAAUAGUUGAACAGGAAACUGACAUAAGUAACAUGGAAAAUAGGAACUAUUUUUCGCUGCACUGUCUUCAGUUAGAGACACAGUUGGUACAUGCAAACUUGAAGAUGUUAGCAAUUGUCUUGCAGAAGAUGGUGGCUUCACAGGUCAUAGGACACAAAGAAGUAAGUGUUAUUUUUGAAACUCUCUCUUACUGUGCGACCGGGAAAAUCGUGAACACUUGAAAUAUCUCAGGAAUGCUUAUUAUGUUGUGACCAAUCACAGCAAAGAUCAAGACACCCGAACUGGGCACAAAACCACAAACUAAUUAAUGUUCUUGCUUGUGGUUUAGUUUUCUCACACCUGAUCGGCUUUUUUCUUGCAGCAAAGUAACAUUCCGGAAAUAUUUCUGGUGUUCACGCUUUUCCCGGUUUGACUGUAAUCCUGUAAGUCCCAAGAGUGACCAACAGAUGUCAAUUUUCUCCUAACAAUGUCAGUACAUCAUCAAGAGAAAAGGUCAGGAGAAUUAAGAAAAUGAUAACUUAAGGGAAUUAAUACUCUGAUCUUUUAACAAAUUCUCUCCUCUAAUUCUAUAAGGAAUAAUAUCAAGAUCAGUUUGGAGAAUUUGUAUGUGGAUAUUGGGGCUCAAAGGGUUAACAGACACCACCCUAAAACAGACACUAAAUAGAGUUGGUCUGUACCGCCUAGCAGUUAUUUUCACAUCCAAUAAAUUGACACCUCGAGAGCAUGGGUGGAUUUGAGUCCUGCCAACCUCCUACUUUUGUCUGAAAAUGUGCUUUCAAUUGUCAGUAAAGGCAUUCUUCCAGAGCCUUGAUUUUUGCACACGGAUGCUCUGCUCAUAGUUUCAACUUAUAAAAUAUUAAAGAAAUAGUACAGUUGAGCCUCCAUAUGAGGCCACGUACCUCUCAUAAGAGACCACCUAUCCAAAACACCAAACUUUCCCCAGUCAAAGCCCUAUAAUAGAACCUCUCAUAAAUGAUCAACGUCUUAUAAGCGACCACAAUAACUUUUUGGGCUGAUGAAUUGUACAGUUUUCCAUUUUUUUUAACCUCUCAGAAGCAACCACUGACACAUGAUGUGGUCUCUUUGUUUACUGUAUGUACUACGCCGCUCUGAGUAUUGCUGGUUUGCACUUGACGUCACGGCGGCCAUGUUGGUGGUCAAGAACAAAAGCAUUUCUCUCCUCUGGGAACUAAACACUAUUUUCAUGCAAAUUCUUCAAGGAAAUAUCCUUUUGUUUUGACCCCCAACGUGGCCACCUUGUCACGUGGUUGCAAACCAAGAAUAGAUCUUUCAUGACAACAUGGAACUACGUGUAAACAUACUACAACCUAGAAAUAGCUUGCAAUAAAUUUUCUGUCUAAAAGUAGAAGUGUUAUGACUUCUUCGUGGAAGACACCCGCUGUGGUGCGAUUCUCGUAAGUGACCACCUCACUUAAGUGACCAUCAAUGAGUGGUAGGCAUAAUUUUGACAAAGUGAACAGCAGAUUUGGUUUGUUUCCCUCUCAACUGAUGGAAAUCCUCUUCUCUCUCCUUACGUACCUUAGGUUGGUGAAAUUUGGAAUGAUCUUGAGCCACAUGUAAAUGGUUUAAUUCCUGGCAGUUCUCCGUAUUCAUCUCCUCCUGGAUCCCCUCCACUGAAGUAAUGUUCAAGCCAGGCUUAGGGUUGUUGCUAGAAUAUGACAACACAAAGUUUAGUUACAGCCCUGUAUCUUAUCAACACUAAGUAAUCCUAUUUUUACCAUCAUCAUCGUCAAUAAAAACUAACGAAUAACAGAGUAUAAAGUAAAUGUGACGUGGAUGUGUAUAUAAAAAUGUAAAAUGUUGCCCAGGAUGGGAAAUUCUGACAACCCCCGGCCAACAGUCUACCCCAAACAGCAGCCUCCGUCUAAUUUCACUUUACUAAAACAACAAUGAGAAUAAGAACAAACCAAACAAAUAAUGUCCUUUUUCUUGGUUUCACAUGUAUGCAAUAGAGGUUUUCUUCAAAGUAGCACCACUUUGAAAAUUUGAUCAUGGCUUGCCAAUGUUUGAGAUUGGGCAUGAAAUUUCAGUUGUCACUAUGGCUGUAUGUAAACCUGUGAGGACUUGUAACAGUCAGGGACAGCUUAGACUGUUCACAGCCCCCUGUUUCUUACUGAUAUGGGAGGCCAUCUUGGUUUCACAUGUAGUGAGGAGGCAGGUGUCGCCCUCUAAGUAGAUUUGACACUCAUCUAAGAUAGCUGCCCAUAGCGCAAAGUCUUCGAUCUUGUGGAUCAUACAGAAAAAUCGGGACUUUGAACCGUCUAAGGACAGGUUGCUUUCAAAGGCAUGGUAAAAUGGGCAACAAACAACAUGCAACCUGUUUUGCAACAAAUCAUGUUGUUAACAGGUUUGAGUUCUUAGUGGGUUUACCUUGGUGUUAGAACCUGUGAACGUUUUCUUUGUUUCAAACCUUUUGUUCGCCCAGGUUCUAUUGUUUUGACUUUUUUGUUACCUUUGUUUUAUGUCUCAUAUGACUUAUACAAGUUCUUACACCGAGGAUGAGCCCUCUCAGUCCAGUUUAGACUGCAAUACGGUUAAACCCCAAAAUAAGUUUCUCAAGGGUAGGGUAAGAUUCUCAUGGGAAACCUAAAUAAAAAUGCGGACCUUUUAUUUGACUGCUUAUGUGUUCUUGACCUGAUCAAGAACACAGGCAGAGUUGCAUUCUAGGCCCUGUUUGACUCCAAAGGCAGAAAGGAUAAGGUUAAGUUACAUAGUCUCCUGGUGACUGUGGUUAAAAAAUAAUUUUUUGAUAUUUUGGAAAGCAUGUGAAGAGUUUUUACAUAAUUUACGGUAAAUAUUUUGAUGUUACUUCAAGUCAAAUAAUAAUUGUGUAGAAAGAGU